AACAGACAUUGCUGGCUUAAACGCGUCAAAUUGUUGGCAAUAACGUGUGAGGCGUAAAUUGGCGGGGCGCGAACGCGGCUUUAAGUCUACAUACUUAUUUAUCUUUUCAUUUUCUCCUUUAACUUUUGCUUCGCCAUAACCUUUGCGCAUAUUUUUUUAGUUUUUUAGUGUGCAUAGUGGAAAAAUGCCUUUAGGCCAGCACGCAAGCUUAUGUAAUAAAUCAUUAAAUUUAAAAAUAUUCGAAAUAUUAUUCAUAAAUACAAAAUGCAACUUAAUAGUUGAGUUGGAAGUGCAAACGUGGCUGUGAAAACGUAGUAAAGUAGUAGAAGUAAAACGCAAGUGAGGAAAAUAUGAACACGAGUCCAUAUACCAAAAAACCAUAUAUCGGUAUGAUGUGAUCAAAGUGUCAAUGUGAGUGUGCGCAAUUAAGUGAGCGCAUGCAAAUGAAGGUUAAGAAAAUAGUUGGAAACAAUUCAAUGAAAAAAUAUAUAUAAUAAACACAAAGUAAAGAAAAAGUUGGAAGAAUUUCAAUAACAAAACGGAUCCGCUAAGUUUCAAAAAUUGAGUACAACUUUAAAAAAUUAAUGGAUAAAAUGAUUUCCUACACGCAUUAGGAGGCCACUACUUUGGAUAUGCCACUCAUGACCUAAUAAGCCAAAUCAGCGGCCAAAUAUUUUUUUCAGAAACUUAUACAAUAGGCCCAUAGAAGUCUAAAAAACUCUCUAAACCAAUAAAAAGUUUUAGAUAGAAAAACCAAAAGCACGAAAUAACACAGCUACCUGCGAAAGCUUUUAUUUCGUAUCGCACACGUUGUCGCCGCAAUUCAAUUCAUCUCUGAACCCAGUAGCAGUAGAAUAGCAGAACGUAGAAACUAUUUAAAAGAUACAAAAAAAAAAAACAAAACCAAAAACUAAAACAAAUACAAAAAUUAAAACAAAAGCAAAAGCGAAAAUACAAGUGAAAUCAAAACAGUCACCGGCAACAACAAAUUUACGUACACUAAAAUUCCAGCUAUGGCCGAUAACAGCGAACAACAGAACUCGCAGCAGGCAUCACCAACCACAAACCUCGCAUCCGUCUCUCAUCCCCUAGAGGAUGUUGCUUUGGAUGUGAUGGACGAUGCCGCAGCUGGCAAAAAGAACUGGGUUAAAUUCGAAGACGAUGAGGCGGGCAAUAAAAAUGCCAGCAGCAACAAUAAUAGCAAUCACAGUGCUACCUAUGAUGGGGAAGGAAGUGCCACUCGCAAUAGCCCUAUCAACGUCUCAAGUAGUGGACGAGACACGCUGGCAGCAGACCCAGUGUCAAAGCCAACUCCGGCAAACCGGUUAUCCCCCUCAAUGCUGUUGCCAGCGCCACCCAGCAGAAAACAAACAUCUGUCGCCACUGCGACAAUACCCAUAACAACACCAACAACAGCGGCAAUAGCGCGACCGCGUUCACCGCUCAGCGGUUCGGAGAGCGGAAGCGGCGCCGAAGCGAUCGUAGCACCAGCACCUGUUCAGCGCGCAACAAAAACGGUUACUGUGGCUUCACCUCCUCCGUCUAUGCCGGAUGUAGCACCCGCUGUUUUAAACACCGAGAGUACGCAUGUCAAUUUGAAUGCAUCCGGUAGCGCGCAACACAAGUUACCACACCAUACUCACACACCCACACAGCCGCAGCCAACAGGCCAGCAGCUGCAACAAUAUCACCAAAAGGCUAAAUUGUCACCAUCGAAUGUUGCUGGCGCGGCGAGUGGCAGCCAUUUACAGCAGCAGCAGCAACAACAACAACAUUAUCAAAAUAACAAUGGCACUUCACCGUCGAAUGGUAGUAGCAACAAAGUGGCAACAACAGCAACAACCAUGGCAAACACAUCGAGUGUAUCAAUACCGGUGGAAACGGUGCCACAAAUGCGUACCAUUGAACUGUCGACGGGUCGCAUACGUGAAGGUUUCGCAAAUGGCGAUGUCAUAGUCACUUUAUUGCCCGCCAACACUAAAUGGCCAUGGAUUACACCAGCUCUCUUCCGACCAGAACUCGUACCCGAAGAGCUGAUGGCGCAAGGCCUAACUCUUACCGUCGAAGAGUACGUGCACGCCAUGGAGACGAUGGUGAACGAUUACCGUUUCACUUUCUACAACAUCUGUUACAAACGCAUUCUCGUUUGUUGGAUUGCGCUUGCCUUUACAGUGCUACUCACGCUACUCUUCUCUGGACUGCAGGGUGUCGCGCUUUUCUCACUCGGCGUCGGCUGGCUUUUUCUCAAUGCGGCCGCCAUAUUCCUUUGUAUGUGGGUGAAAUUGCGUUUAUCGCGUGGCUUAGAGAAAUGUUUGGCACGCGUCAAUCGUCAACUAAUGAAGCAUAAAAUUCUACUCGUGCUGGACGAUCGUGGACGCAUUUCCUGUCACAAAGUAAAUUUGUGCUUUUUGUACUUCGAUGCGACUCAAUGCGUGAAUUUCCUGAAUGAAUUUCUGGAACACACCGAACAAAAUGGCGGCGAGGCAAUUAAGGCGGGCUGGGAACGUAAAUUAGACAUCGAUGUGAACGAUAUCGUAAUACAGGGCAGUAAUCCGGUGCGCUUGUCGCGUAAACAGGUUGUAGCACAGGAGCUGUUUCUCAGCUAUUUGCAGCGUUGGGGCAAGGACUUUCUGCGGCGUCGCUUGGACUGGACUGUGCAGGAGGCGGGCGUGCACGAAACUCCUAGGCAUUUGCAAUCAUCCAUAUGCCCCUGUCAGUAUGAGGAGGAGCUGUUGCGCAAUAAAAUCAAAAUACAAUUGAAGAGCCGGCAAUGUUGUGGCGUUAAUUGUAUUGGUUGUUGGCUUUAAGCUGUACAGUGGGAAGAAAGCGACAAACUUUAAAUAUUGUAAAAUUUAUAUGUACACAAUGUACCUUAAUAUGAAAUAUGAUUAGUUAUGUAUAUAUUUGCAUUAAAAGCUUUCUGUAAAAUUUAUUGUACAAUGUUAAAAUGAGUAAUAGUUGUAGACUUAUACAAACAAUUCCGAUCACAGCGUGAGAACUUAUUAAUAUUUAUUUAAAUGUUUUGAAAAUGCAUCACAAAGCUUACAUUGUAAUGUUUCCUUAAUAAUAAAUAAUUUUUUUUUAAGAUAAUUUCUUCGCAUUAGCAUUUAGUACACCUUUUAAUUACCUGUAUACACAAUAAUAAAGGGUGGUUAAAUCUCAAGGGCCGGUAUUGAUUUUGAAUAAAAUACAAUUCUUCUAGCAAAUUAUUAUCAUUUCUCUUCAUUACGAUAAUACUGGUAUGGCUCAAUUACGUAUAGAACAAAAUAUUGGCCAAAUGGCCGCCGAGGCCUCGGUGGCACGCUUCCAUCGGAUGGUCCAAAUUUUCGAUGACGCUGAGGCAUAAUUGAGGUUCUAUGCCGUUAAUGUACCGAUUUAUCUCAUCCUUUAGCUAUGGAAUUGUUGCUGGCUUAUCGGCGUACACCUUUUCUUUCAAAUAACUCUAAAGAAAAAAGUCCAACGGUGUCAAAUCACAUGAUCUUGGCGACCAAUUGACUUCGCCGCGACGUGAGAUUAUUCGGCCAUCAAAUUUUUCGCGCAAAACAGCCAUUGUUUCGUUAGCUGUGUGACAAGUGGCACCGUUCUGUUAAAAACUCAUAUCGUCCACAUCCAUAACUUCCAAUUCGGGCCAUAAAAAGUUCGUUCUCAUCUCACAAUAGCGAACACUUUGGAAAAAAGACGGCCCAAUGAUGUCGCCGGCCCAUAAACCGCACCAAACAGUCACUCUUUGUGGGUGCAUUGG